AUGUACAACCAAAUCAUCCACUCUGCGGCUCUCGUCGCUGCUGUUCUGCCCGCAGUUCUCGGAGCCGUCGCCGUUCCUCUUGAGCGCAAGGCCGUCGAAUGGGUUACCACCACUGAGGCCAUCGACCUCUCUCAGCUGGGCACUAUCUCGCUCGACUCCCAAAACCCGAACCCUGCCGAUGUCGUGGUGAGAGACCUCGAAAAGCGCAGCUCUUACUCUGCUCUCGUCUGCAGAAGCCGCCGACCCCUUCCCCGCAGCGGCGCAAAGUGGCUGUACGAAGAGGCCACCUGCGACCGCACCGGAACGGACGUCAACACCUUCAAGGUCACUUGCAUUGCCGAGAACUCGCACGCUGACGCCAUUUACCGCCAACCGGGAGCCUGCGGCAGGAACCAGUGGUGUGUCGAGUUCCACGGCUACAACGAGCGCGGUGCCGGUGCUUGGGACGUCACCUGCGUCGACAAGUCUCAAAUCCACACCUGGGUCGCCAACACAAACUCCAACCCUGGCAAGCUCACCACCUGCAGUGCUGGAUGGAACAACAACGGCAACCGCAACCUCAAGGGUACCUUCGAGGUCGACGUCAUGGACGCCGGUGGCAUCAACCGCAUCGCUCCUUCGAACAUCUUCUACCAGCUUAAUGGCAAGCGCAUCGGCGUUUCUCGCUCAGGCGACUCCGAGGUUGGAUCCGGCAGUGUCAUCAUCCCUCCCGGUGGCUCCAUCCAGGCUUGCGUCACCGCUUUCCAAGGACAGAUCAUAAACAUGCUGGGAGCUGUUACUUCUCUCGUUUCGAUCUAA